AUGACUCCCAAAGGCUCCCCAAGAGACCUAGUAUCCGAAAAAGGGCCAUACCUCCACGAGAUCCCAAUUGACGAGGACCACGACGGAAAGACCACUCAUUCCUCGGGAGCCUCUGUCCUCAGCUUUAAUAUGGAUCGAAAUCGAAAAGACAAAAGAGGCUUGACCUUCCGUGAAGCUCCUGUUCCUAGGCCCCCAACUCUCAGCAGAACAAAAACAAUUCAAAUACCACAGUCGAGACCAAAACCGAACCACGCAUAUUUAUAUCAUCUUUUUGACCCUGUCAUUGAGGGCUUGUUAUGGGACUACAUGCGUGAAGUUUUGAUCGUAGUCAUGAUGCUCGUAGUUCUCAUGUGGGCAGCACUGCCUCUAUAUUGGGGCUCAUUGGCACCUGGCCUCUCCCACGCCCCUAACUUCAAAGCCUGGGUCGUUGACUUUGAUGGGGGUCCGUUGGGGGCUUUGGUCACAGAAAGCGUGAUUAAUUCAACCAAGGUCGGAAAUAGGCAUCUUGACUGGGAGGUGAAGCCAGCUAGUCAGUUCAGUUCAAUGCAAAAUCUCGCUCAGCAGGUUCUAGAAGAAAAGGCUUGGGCUGCAAUCACUAUCAAUCCGGGUGCAUCUUCUACACUUUAUAUCGCUCGAGCAUAUGGCGACUACACUUAUGAUCAAACAACGGCAGUUACCUAUAUAUUGAGCAGGCCAGAAACGAGAAUGCGUACCACGCUGGCAUCCCAGACGCUGCGAGAGUUUAACGCGAGGGAUAUUGCAGCAUACAUUCGUGCCAUAAGGGCUCAUCCUGAUGCAGUCGAAACCUCUCUUGAAUCCCCCUCGGCACUAGCUGGCGCGUGGUGGAAGACCAUUAAUUUGAGGCCAUGGAAUGCGGCCGUAGCAUCGCCCAUGACAAUAAUAGGGCAAAUCUAUUUGACACUUUUCGCGUUCAUGCUUACUGUAAUGUCCCAUCGGGCGCGUCAACGACUCGAAGCCCAAUUGACCUACAAGUCCUUGGUAAUGCUUCGCAUUGGGCUUCCAUUACUGGCGUAUAUCCCAAUCAGCACAUCGUAUGCUAUGCUCGGACUUUUCUUCCGUGCACCUUUUGAUGCCAAGUUUCACUCGGGGGCCGGAUUCUUUGUUUAUGUAGCAUAUGCUUAUAUGGAUAUAUGCGCACUUGGUCUGGCAUGCGAAGCUGCCAUGUCCAUCUUGCGGCCGGACCACAUGACCUUAUUUCUAGUUUCUUGGCUCGUCGUUAACAUCAGCACACCCAUCGAGCCACCUGAGAUGCAAGCACGAUGGUAUAGAUACGCCUAUGGAAUGCCGUUCUACAACCAUGCUUCGGCGGUCCGGACAAUUUUAUUCGAUACAAAAAACCUACUGGGUCGAAAUGCUGGUGUUUUGUUUGGUUGGAUCGGACUUUCUGUGGUCACCAUAUCUUUGCUGGUAUGGAUCAAACGAAAGCUUACAGCAAAGGCAGACCAACUUCGAGGACUGGCUUACGAUGUUGACAGACCACAAGAAGUGAUUUGGUCUGCUGAGUAUGUUUGA